GUCCUCUCUCCUUGGGACAAGUUUGUUUUUACAAACUCUGCAGUUUAAGUUGUGUUUGGGACCAUGAGAGGAGCUUUUAGGAGUCCUGCAUUGCGGCCUAAUUGAUGGUUUUCUGGAUGGAUCUGAAUCUCAUUGUGCCUCUGCGGAGACGAGCACAGGGCGGCACGACGAGCUGAGCGGAGAGAGGGAGUCUCAUCAGCAUGGAGAGGACAGAAAAAAGUGCAACUUGCUCUUUUUUCUCUCAUUCUUCGUCUUCGCCGUUCUGCAGUUUGGAUCCUGCUGCCUAAAUUUGGCCUCUCUUGCAGGUUUUUGCAGAUUAAUCCCCCCUUUUUUCCACAAAGCUGUUUUUCUUUAUCUUUUGAAAUCAGAGGAUUAUCUCAGGCUAGAGCAGCCGGAGUCAUUAACACGCGGCUAAUGAAGCGUGGCUGGGCCGUCGGCCACAGCUGACGGGUUACCCGUUGGGCUCACAGAUGGGAGCGGAGGUGUGUGUUCGGCUGUAUUCCCUCUUGUCCCGUUCGGAGGAGCAUCGCUGCCUGCAGGGAGCCUCCGGGAGCAGCGGGGUCCAACGUGGAUGGCUGACGGGGCAGGUGUCCGAGCAGCUUGUGUUUUUUCAGAGCAAAUGUCACAUCUUAAAGUUCUGGACUGCAUGAUUAGAAACAACUGGACCCUGAUCUGUGAUCUGUACUGCGCCUGGAGCAAUCAGGCAAAGCAGAAGGAUGGGCGGGAUCAGAGCGAGACGUCGGCCACCGUUACGCCCGGGGCCGAAGAGGAGCCGUUCGCCUGGCCGGGGCCGAAGACGCUGCGCCUGCGGCGAACGUCGCAGGGUUUCGGCUUCACGCUGCGCCACUUCAUCGUUUACCCGCCGGAGUCCGCCUUCCACAACUCCCUGAAGGUAACGGAUGACGAGAACGGCAGCCGAGGGAGACAGAGGAACCGCCUGGAACCUAUGGACACCAUUUUUGUCAAGCAGGUGAAGGAGGGAGGCCCCGCCCACGGAGCUGGACUCUGCACAGGGGAUCGGCUUGUGAAAGUGAACGGAGAAAGCAUCAUUGGGAAAACUUACUCCCAGGUCAUAGCCCUGAUCCAGAACAGCGAUGCCUCGUUGGAGCUCUGUGUGAUGCCUAAAGAUGAAGACAUUUUGCAACUGUUUUCCAGGGAUAUCACUGCUCUGGCGUAUUCCCAGGAUGCAUACCUCAAAGGAAAUGAGGCGUACAGCGGAAAUGCCCAGAACAUCCCGGAGCCGCCUCCCAUAUGCUACCCUCGGAUCGAGCUGAAGGCGGCGGCCGUGGCGCCGCUGUCCGACCCGGGGCCCGCCAGGCGACCGGCCCCCACAGACAACAGCUGCCGGCCCGAGGUCCCGUCCGUCAGCAACGAAGGUACCAGGACUCCAGCCGAUCCGGUGGACCGGGGGUCCCGGCUGGCUCGGGCCGGACCCAGCCACCGGACUGAGGAGAACCGGUUCCGCUCCCCAGCAGAUCGACCCAGACCCCUCGCCACAGGGUGUCCGCCGUACCCAGAGACGUUCUCGCCGUUGGUGCGAGCGCCGCUCGCCGCCACGUCAACGGACACGUUCUCCACCACCACCUCCCCCACCGCCAACCACUGCUCCCCGUCGCCACCGGCGCCGACCACCUCACCCCAUCAGAACAUCGACUGGCGGACCUACACCACCUACAAGGACUACAUUGACGCCAAGCGGCUGCACACGUACGGCUGCCGCACCAUCCAGGAGCGCCUGGACAGCCUGAGAGCCGCUGCCAACUCCGCCUACGCCCCGAAGGCCGCCGCCCCCUCCCAGGUCCGACGCAGGAGCGCCUCCAACGAGCGUGGGGCGGACCCGGCCUCGUCGCCACCGCUCCGCAGCACCUCCCAUGAGCGGCUGAGCGGCCCGCCAGACAGGACUUCCCGCUACUGGCCUCGGAGCGCCUCUCAGGAUGCUUUGCCGUUCCCCGGUGCCACCCGGGUCGCCAAACCCCGAGCCAGGUCCUGCGACCACAUCAGUCACAAAAUGGAGGAGAAACAGGAAACAAGCAGGAGGAGUUUACUUCCUCCAAAGCCGGACCAGUGGCUGUCGAACUCGCCUGAUGUUAUGAAAGGUACAACAGAUUCUGCACUAGCGGUCAGAGCGGACGGCCUCAUAAUGAGGCCUUCGCGCCUCCCCGUCAAAAACUCCCUCUGCGACCUUUCACCCACCUCGUCCGCCAUUAAAACCACAGAGCCUCUCCGAGACCAAAGAGUCAACGCCGUGGGGAACCACCUGGGUUUCUCCCCGCUGAACCUGGAGCUCCGCGGCCGAGCCGACAGCCUGAAGACGGAGAACCGGUCCGAGUCGAGAUUAGCUGCCAGGUCGUCGUCCUGCUCUGGCUCCGCCUCCAGACUGCCCACACUCAGGCCGAUGAAGAGCGAAGUCCUCACGAUAUCCUCAACCGCCACUGUCGCCCAAAAACCAGUCGUCAAGGAGACGCCAGAGCGGACUAACGGCGGUCUAUCAGAGGGCGUUGAAGGACCCGAUGCCACCGUCGUCGUCCUACGAAGAGACAAGACCGCCGGAGGCGCCCGCGCCCGACCUCCGUCCUACGUCAACGACAGGCAGCGAGAAGUAAAUUCGCCGCCACUAUUGAAGGCGGGGUCAGCGGACGCAGCGAUGUGCUGGGCGUCCAACGAGACGCUGCUCAGGAGGCUGGGAGACACGAGGCACAAAUCCGGCUCCAGCAACCUGAAUGACUCCCUGGACUCCAUCCCCUUCAUAGACGAACCGUCCAGCCCGAGCAUCGACCAGGACAGCACGCACAUUCUUGCGUCCGGGGUGAUCUCAACUCCCCUCAUCACCACCAUCCCACCCAGCCCCACGUCUUCCUCUCCUCUCAUUCGACGCCAUCUCUCACACGAUCAAGAUUCUCUUCAUCUCUCAGUUAUCGGGUCAGACUCUGGUACCAAAUCUGAGCGGUCCAAAUCGUACGAUGAAGGCAUCGAUAACUACCAUGAGGAAAGCAGAGGGAGGUCUCUGCUUCCUGGACUGAAAAGUUUGAGGAAGGCUGUAGACAGAUCAUCAGAAGAUUCUGGGUCCAGACGAGAUUCCUCAUCAGAAGUCUUCUGCGACGCCACUAAGGAGGGUUUGCUACAUCUGAAGCAGCUUCAUGCAGAUAAGGGAAAGCGUGUCGGAGGAGGAAACCGGCAGUGGAAACAGAUGUACGCCGUGUUGAGAGGCCACUAUCUCUGCCUGUACAAAGACAAGAAGGAGGGCCAGGCUCACGCCAACUGCCAGACCACAGAGGAGCCGCUGCAGAUUAGCAUCAAGGCCUGUCUGAUCGACAUCUCCUACAGCGACACAAAGCGCAAAAACGUCCUGAGGCUGACAACGUCGGACUGCGAGUACCUGUUCCAGGCGGAGGACCGGGAGGACAUGUUGGCCUGGAUCCGAGUCAUACAGGACAGCAGCAACCUGGAUGAGGAGGACGCGGCUUUCACCAGCCAUGACCUCAUCAGUCGGAGGAUCAAGGAGUACAACACUUUGAUGAGCCCGACAGGCAGUAAGUCAGAGCCGUCGCCCAGGGCGUCGCGCCAGUCGCUCAGCAUCAGACAGACGCUGCUGGGAGGCAAAGGAGAGACCAAAGCAACGAGUCUGCACUCACCCAAACCAGAGCAGGAGAGGAAGGGCAGCCACAAAGAAGACACCAGCCCUCCCAAAGACAAGGGGACAUGGAGGAAAGGCAUCCCUGGGCUGAUGAGGAAACCUUUUGAGAAGAAGCCAUCUCCUGGAGUCACAUUUGGAGUCAGACUGGAUGACUGUCCCCCAGCUCAGACCAACAAGUUUGUGCCUCUGAUCGUGGAGGUUUGCUGUAAGCUGGUGGAGGAGAGAGGGCUGGAGUACACGGGCAUCUACAGGGUCCCCGGGAAUAAUGCUGCCAUCUCCAACAUGCAGGAGGAGCUCAAUAACAAGGGCAUGGGCGACAUCGAUAUCCAGGAUGAUAAAUGGAGGGACCUCAAUGUGAUCAGCAGCUUACUGAAGUCCUUCUUUCGAAAGCUUCCCGAGCCCCUGUUCACCAACGAUGGGUACGCAGACUUUAUUGAAGCCAACAGGAUAGAGGAUCCAGUGGAGAGACUGAAGGUGCUCAAGAGGCUGCUUCAUGAGCUUCCAGAUCAUCACUACGAGACGCUGAAGUUCCUCUCAGCUCAUCUGAAAACUGUAGCUGAGAACUCAGAGAAGAACAAGAUGGAGCCGAGGAACCUGGCCAUUGUGUUCGGCCCCACUCUGGUGCGCACCACCGACGACAACAUGACCCACAUGGUGACCCACAUGCCCGACCAGUACAAAAUAGUGGAGACGCUCAUUCAGAACUAUGGCUGGUUUUUCACUGACGAUGGGAACGGAGAGCCAGUGACUGUUUCCCACGAAGAGAGCGCCAUCGAGUCUCAGCCCGUCCCCAACAUCGACCACCUGCUCACCAACAUCGGCCGCACCGGCACGUCGCAGGGCGACGUAUCAGAUUCACCAACUAGUGACUCAGCUAAAUCAAAGGGUUCCUGGGGUUCUGGGAAGGACCAGUGCAGCCGAGACCUCCUGGUCUCCUCCAUCUUUGCUGCCGCCAGCCGCAAAAGAGGGAGGUCAAGGGAGAAGCCGCAGCCUAGCAGCUCUGAUGACGAUCUGGACUCGGUCUUCCCCAGAAAGGAGGUUCCUUCGGGGCAAAGGCCGAACCACCACCCGCUGCAGGGCGACAAACUGAGAGCCGAGGAGAGAAAGGAGAACGGCAGAACCAUCCACAGAAACUCCUUAUUCCAGAAAGAGAAGACUCCACCCCGACGGGCCUCGCCGUCGCCAAUCAUCAGCGAUCAAACGGCGGCGCAAAGGAAGAUUUCCCUAUCGGAUCCACUGUCCCAGCUGGAGGAAAACACCUCUGACCUCGGCACCAUGAGCUCCGGGGCAUCUGUCCCCAGAUCAAGGCCCAAAAAGUGGACCGGUGGAGCCUUCCUGGACCUGCCGGCGUCGGCCGGAGCCGAGGUGAGCUCCAUUACCUCCGACUACUCCACCACCUCCUCCAUCACCUUCCUGACCGGCGCCGAGUCUGGCGUGCUGAGCCCGGAGCUGCAGGGCGGGGAGGAGGCCGACGACGAGCGCAGCGAGCUCAUCAGCGAGGGCCGACCCAUGGAGACGGACAGCGAAGGCGAGUUCCCGGUGUUCGCGCCGGGAGGCGGCAGCGGCCAGUCCACGCCUCGCCCCACGCAGAGUCAGGAGAAACCCAUCGCCGGCGCGCAGAAACAGGAAGCGCGCCGCCUUUUCCCCACGCAGCGCAUGAUUGAGUGCGACACUCUGUCCAGACGGUGGUCGCUGCGGCAUAAAACCGACAGCGACUCGUCGGCGGAGGGCGCGGCGGGGACGGAGGGUAGAGCAGAGUCUUCCAGCCGGUUGUCUCGAGUCUUGGAGGUGAUGAAAAAAGGCCGGUCGUCGAGCAGCAUCAGCUCUUCUUCACGCAGCGAGUCGGAGCGGCCCGAACCAGCCUGGCACCUGAAAAUCACAGGGCGGCUGAGGUUCAGGAUCCGAUCAUCCGCUGACGACAUGUUCACCACUAAGAGUCAGACACCCGACGCUCGGAGCAAGAAGAAGAACAUCCGGCGGAGGCACACAAUGGGCGGGCAGAGAGACUUCGCGAACCUGGCGGUCAUUAACGACUGGCGGGAGCAGGGUGGCGUCGACCAGACGGCCGACCUCUCGGCGCUGGACCGUCUCAAACCCAAGUGCUCCUCUCAGGACCUUUCCUUCCGGGACUGGAUUACCCACGAGCGGCUCCGCGGGUCCGAACCAAGCGCAGAGGUAGCGCCCAAAGCGGAGCCGGAGGACGAUCAUCCCGAACCUCCUGAAAAACCUCCACCGGUGACCGCGGAACAGGUUAACGGUGGCGGGAUGCGGGACACAAAUAAAACCGCGCCGACAUCAGACGCUCACCCACACAAACUGUCCGGAGCGCAAGUGACCCGCUCACGGUUUUACCAGUACCUGUAGAUGGACAAACCUGACCAGAGUGUGUGUUCAGGCGUAAAUGUGUGUAUUUUAGCACAAUAUUUUUAUACUAAAAUAUUCUUUCUGUAUCUAAUGUACAUACUGUGUAUAAGCUCUGAUGAUUGUUACUAAACUAAUAAAGAUGAUGAAGUUUUCUGCCAUACUGGAACCGAGUCGGAAAGGAAUCGUGAACUUUCUCCAGCAGAACUGAUCCAAGAGUCUUUCCUUCGUCACAUGGUUCAGUUCUUCCUCAUGUAUGAAGAAUGUAUCACCUGGGGCUGGGCGACUCGUCCUUUUAUGGUUUUUGAAGAUUUAAUUGUUGGAAAAUGGGGAUUUUUUUUCCCACCAAUACACUCCUGGGGUUUCCAUAAAUUAUAGUGACGUCAGCACGCCCAAAGCCGCCAUCUUGUUUUUGCAGCUUCUAUUUAUUUGGACUUUUGAAUUUAGGUCACCUUCAUGAUUAAAUGUCAGGGUAAAGCUACGAUUUUUAAAAAUUAUCAAAUAAAAGUUGUGCCACAACAAAGUUGAAAUAUUGUCUAGAUAAAGUAAUAUUAGAAAAAUAAAGUAGCAAUUUUAUUAAAAUUGAAAAAAAUGAGUAAUGAUGUGAAUUUAACAAAUAAUGAAAUCUCUUUUUAACAGCACAAAAUUAUUGAGUAGCAGGACUUUGAAACAAUCUUGCAAUUGAUUUUUUUUAAGUAUUACACAAACUGUUACGUCAGAUGAUGAUAAUUGAAAAGAUUUUUUAAAGGACUAUUAAUACAGAAAAUUGCACCUUUAUUCUGCUGAUAUUAUGACUUUUUUCUCAUAAUUAAAUAAAAAACAUUAUAGCCUACCCCUAAAACUGUCAUGCAACUCACAGAAGGAAACAAAAUUGGUUGAUAUCGGACCUGGUACAUAUAUAUGUAUAUUAAAAAACUAAUUUUAUUUUUGCGCCAUCUCGCCCAGCCCUAGCAUCUCUCUUUCUGGGCCAAUGCUAGACGCUUGUGACAAUACUGUCUGUUUUUGUUCUGUUUGUACUUGAAGUACGUAGGAGUACCGACGGCUGCUUUCUGAGCUGCGUCCUGCGGGAAGUUUCAUUUCCGCAGCACAUAAACAUCAGCCAGAUAUUAGCUGGGGCAACUGGAGGAUGGUUAUAGUUUUAUCCCUAAAAAAAGCGGGCUACGAAACGGUAAUGAUGAAAUGCUGACGCUAUCGUAUGUAAUUCUUUGGUACAUUAGUUUUUAUUUCCAAAAACAGUUUGUUUUUACUAGUGCAAGUUGUUUUUAUCUCAAAAAGAAAAGUGCCUUCUCUGUUUUCUUUUUAAAAGUCGUUUUUAUAAAGUUGUUCACAGGACUGUUUUAAACCAGAAAUCCAGUUUUCAGUCAAAUUUACAACGACGUUUUGUUUUCUUGUCCCGCUUGUGUUUUUAAAGUGCAGUAAAAGGCACCAGAGCCUUUAACUGGGAAAAAAUAUAUAAACUGGGUUUUAAACCUGUAUGAUACGAAUGUUUGCUGCAGCAAAGCAUGGGUUCAGUGCCCCCUCGUCCCAACAAACACUGGAAAUAAAUAAAAAUCUUAAGUAUA